CUUUUUUUUCAGUUAAGAGGUUUUGAUGAUAAUUAUCUCUUACGCCACAAAGAUGUGCCUUCUAGAUCCAGGCGAAGUGCGGAUCAUCACACGAAACGGUUAAUAGACGAUUCUAGGGUUGAAUGGGCAGAUCAACAGUAUACAAAGAUAAGAGUAAAACGAGAUUUUUUAGACGAUGAUCUAUACGAUGGUGAUUUCACUGCCAAAAGAGAAGCCGAAAAUUUAAUUUACAGUAAAACAAGUUUCAACGAUCCACUAUGGGAAAAACAAUGGUAUUUGCAUGAUGAUCGAGAAGAUUUAAGUGAAAGCAAAAAAGAUUUACAUGUUAUACCAGCUUGGAAAAAAGGUUAUACUGGAAAGGGCAUUACUGUUUCUAUUCUUGAUGACGGUCUUGAAAGAUUACAUACAGAUUUGGCAGAUAAUUACAGUCCAGAAGCUAGCUAUGAUUACAAUGGAGAUGACGACGAUCCAACACCAAGAUACGAUCCAACUAAUGAAAACAAACAUGGUACCCGAUGUGCAGGAGAAGUUGCUAUGAUAGCUAACAAUGGAAAAUGUGGAGUUGGCAUUGCUUUCAAUGCCAAAAUCGGUGGAAUUCGAAUGUUGGAUGGUGAAGUAACUGAUACUUUAGAAGGUCAAGCUUUGCAACACGCUAUUGAUGUAGUAGAUAUAUUCAGUGCUUCAUGGGGACCCAAUGACGAUGGUAACACACUGGAAGGACCAGGGAAACUAGCGCACAAAGCCUUUGAAAAUGGUGUCACUGAGGGAAGAAAAGGUAAAGGUGUUAUCUAUGUAUGGGCUAGUGGUAAUGGUGGGAGAUUAUAUGAUAAUUGUGAUUGUGAUGGCUAUACUGGAAGCAUUUACACUCUAUCCAUCAGUAGCGCCUCUCAAGUUUUUAAAAGACCAUGGUAUGGAGAACUUUGUGCCUCAACAAUGGGAACAACUUAUUCUAGUGGUUCGGCAAUAGAUGAUAGAAUCAGUACAGAUUUGAACGACACGUGUACAAAGAGUCACACUGGAACAUCUGCUGCUGCUCCGCUUGCUGCUGGUAUCAUUGCUUUGCUUUUAGAAUCAAAUCCUGAUUUAACAUGGAGAGAUGUUCAACAUUUGGUAACAUGGACAUCACAAGCUGGUCCUCUGAUACAACAGAGCAAAUCAGGAUGGACUAGAAAUGGAGCAGGAUUUCUGGUCAACACUGCCUUUGGGUUUGGUAUAUUAGACACUGCUGGUCUUAUUGAUGCCGCUGAAAAGAAAACAUGGAAAAGUGUACCAAAACAAAUGAAAUGCACAAUAAAUUCUACAUCCAAAUCCAACCUUCCCCAUAAUCAACGUUUAGAAAUACAAAUAUAUAGUUCUGGUUGUGAAGGACAGGAGAAUGAAAUCAACUAUAUAGAACAUGUUCAGUUACAUUUGACUUUAGAUUAUACAAAACGUGGUGCUAUCAGUGUUCACAUAACAUCACCUUCAAAUACAACAACAAUGUUGCUGUCAGAAAGACCUUAUGAUAAAUCUACCAAAGGUUUCCAGAGCUGGCCUUUGAUGUCUGUACAUAACUGGGGAGAGGAUCCAAAAGGAACAUGGAAAGUUGUUCUAGAAGAUACUACUGAUGACAAAAAUAAUGGAAUUUUACAAGAUCUCAGAUUAGUUAUCUAUGGUACUACUGAACAACCACACCAUAUGAGACAUGGACCAAGAAAAUACAUAGGCAACUAUAAUCAUGUUCAGAAUAAAGAACAAGUAGGUAUCUCCCAAAAGAAGCUACCCAAGCAGCAACGACAGUUUUCCUUCAUUGACAUAAAUUCUCAAAAGUCUGAUCCGAACAACAAGACUGUUUUUGUCUGCCGCCUCGGUCUUCAUUACCAACAAGGGACGACACGUUGCAAAUAUGGAAUUAACUUUAUGGUUUAG